AUGGUCGACAUUCAGUGUGAAUCCGCGGCCCUUACGACGACUGGAGGCCGGGUCUGGUCUGCUUCUCAUGACAUGUUAGCGUUCCUCGAGGACAAGACUGAUCUAUUUUCGCUGAAGCAAGGUCGCGUGUUGGAACUCGGCUCGGGAUGCGGAUGGCUGGGGAUGAAUGUAGCAUCCCUCUUGCCCCAAGCAGUAGAAGUUGUAUUGACUGAGCAAGAAGAAGGAGGAGGCUUGGAAUGGCUGGAGCAUAAUGUUCAACUCAAUAUGGAUCGUGGAGUUCCUUUGGGUAACGUCAAAUGUCGGACAUGUGAUUGGAAUGAGGUCCCGUCAGAACUUCGAGAAGUUGAAUGGGACUUCAUUUUUGGCACUGAAUUAGUAUACCUUCCUAUACUCACUAGAAUAUUUCCGAGAGCGAUCAAACAGUUGGCCCAUCCUAGGACGCAGGUCUAUUAUGGCCACAGGCUUGGACGGUAUGAGUCCAUGGAUUUGGAUCUUCUCGAUAAUUUCUCCUCACUUGGGCUGGAGGCGAAGGAGCGGCUUCAACCGGGUAUGACUGAAUUGCCGCCGGAGGAGGAGCAUUUCACACAACUUUUCCCUGAAAUGCGUCUCGCUGUUUACCAAGUACAAUCUUGUGCUACCAAGUCAGUUUCGUGA